AUGUUUGAAUUGAAGCCUGUAUACGUUAUUAUGAGUGAUUCGCUGGAACAGGAGGAGCCGAAUGUAGAAAUUUCCUGUACUACUCCUGAACCUAAAUCCUCAACUAUAACGCAGCAAACCUCUUUGGAAAAUGUGCUGUUCUAUCAGAAUCCUGCCGAGAUAGGCGGCGAUGCUUUGGAAAUUUUGGAUUCACGCAACGAGUCUCGCAAAUCAAUUUUCUUCAUCGAAUCUUCACGCAGGGGCACGAUAACGGCUCGCCAAAUUUGUGCUGUCGAGUCCACGGCAAGGCACAACCCCGAAGCCGACAUUUUCUUGCUUCUUCUCGAUCCCCCAGAAGAUCCAGACCUCUCGGAAGACAAACAGGUGCUCACCCUUCUGCGGCACCACAGCAACGUGCAGUUGCUUAGGAUCGAGUCCACCACCUUUUACGCCAACUCGCCGCUGCAAGAGUGGAGCAACGCCAAUCGAAUCAACACCAGCGUACACCCCAUCGAGCACGCCAGUGACAUUUUAAGAGUUGUCACCAUUCUAAAGUAUGGCGGAGUAUAUCUUGACCUGGACUUCGUGAUCCAGCAGUCACUGGCCUCAUUGCCUCCAAAUUGGCUGUCCUUCGAAAUGGGCAGUGAAGUGUGUAACGGCGCAUUUGGCUUUAAAAAGGGACAUCCAAUGGUGCAAAUGAUGGCCAAGGAACUAGCUGAAACCUUCGACGGAUCAAACUGGGGACACAAUGGACCUUCCAUGGUGUCUCGCGUGAUGAGCCGAACGUGCGGAAUGACUCGGCCUGAAAUACUGAACACAGGCAAAAAAUGCGCUGGUGUCGUUGUGUUCAAGUCAGAUAUAUUCUUUCCCAUUUCCUACCCUAGUUGGGGAAGGUACUUUGAUGAAGCUGCUGGUCCUGAGGUGAUGCUCCUGGCGAAGGACUCUCUGGGGGUGCAUUUGUUUAACUUCCUGAGCCAUGGAGCCAAAGUUACACUUGGCUCUAAUCAAGCUUACAGUCUGUUAGCACAGAAACACUGUCCACGAGCGUACUGGGGAUGCUCAGAAAUAUUUUAA